AUGCCUCUUGUCAAACCCCAAACAGAACAAAACGACGAUACCCGCGUCCUGGGUUACGAUCCUCUCCUCUCCCCUCAUUACCUCCAGACUCAAAUUCCCUCGCCCGCCAGAUCAGUCGAAACCGUCAAAUCAGGCCGCAACCAGGCCAUCGAAAUCAUCGAACAGCGCGAUGACCGUCUCCUCGUCGUCGUAGGACCUUGCUCCAUCCACGACCCCGAAACCGCCAUCGAAUAUGCUCAUCGCCUCAAAGCGCUCUCCGACAAACUCGCCGGCGACCUCUGCAUCAUCAUGCGCGCUUACCUUGAGAAGCCUCGCACAACAGUAGGAUGGAAAGGCCUCGUCAACGAUCCUGAUAUCAACGAAUCCUUCAACAUCAACAAGGGCCUUCAAGUUUCGAGGAAGUUGUACGCAGAUCUGACCAGUCUCGGAGUCCCGAUUGCCAGUGAAAUGCUCGAUACCAUCUCCCCCCAGUAUCUAGCCGAUCUGAUCUCCGUGGGCGCCAUCGGCGCACGAACCACUGAAUCCCAACUGCACCGCGAGUUGGCAUCCGGUCUCAGUUUCCCCAUCGGAUACAAGAACGGCACAGACGGUAACUUGGGAGUUGCCAUUGACGCUAUUGGCGCCGCAUCGCAUCCUCACCAUUUCCUUGGCGUCACCAAGGAAGGUCUUGCCGCUAUUACCAAAACCUCUGGAAAUGAGCACGGCUUCGUGAUUCUCCGUGGCGGUACAAAGGGUACCAACUACGACCGGGAAAGCAUCAAGGCCGGCCGCGAGGCUUUGCGUUCCCGCAAACAACGCGAGAUCAUGAUGGUGGACUGCUCGCACGGAAACUCCAAGAAGAAUCAUCGCAACCAACCCCUCGUCGCAAAGGAGGUCUCGGACCAAUUGCGUGAGGGCGAAACCGCCAUUAUCGGUGUGAUGAUUGAGUCGAAUAUCAACGAAGGAAACCAAAAGGUUCCACCUGAGGGACCAUCCGGCCUCAAAAAGGGUGUUAGUAUUACUGAUGCCUGUAUUGAUUGGGAGUCGACUGUGGUUGUGCUUGAGGAUUUGGCUGAGGCGGUUCGUGCGCGUCGGGCUGUCGUUAAGAGUAAUGGAAGUGCUUAG